UUUAGUAUUCUGUGCUUAUUGGGGGUAAAAAAUAUCUGAAAGUCAUUGUUAAUGUGGAUAAAGUAUUGGGUCUUCAUUAUACAAAAGAGCAGUCAAAUAAAAGGGCAAUUACAUUGAUGCGUCGACAAUGUACACCGGAUAAUACACCUGAUAAAAAUCCCAAACAAUGUUUUGAUAUUGUUUUGGGUCAAAAACAAUAUGAAAACAAUUUAAGAAAUGAAGUGAAUACGACAAUGAGUCGUAUAAGUCGACAAUGGCAAUAUUUUUGGAAAAUUGCUAGACAUCGUAUGAAAAAAGAAACAAUGCAAUGGGCUGUUCUAUGUUUUUCAAAUGCAAUUGAAACAACAGAUGCCCUUAAUUUAUUUUUUUCAAUUAUGAAUCCUGUCAGCAUGGCUGGUUUUGGAUCGACUUUUUUUAAUAUUGCCAAACGCAUGAGUGCUAAGAAAGCAGCAAUGGCUGGAGCUGGUAUCAGUAUUGGCUUUUUGAAAGGUUUUUUAGUCUCCUUAUGGGAUUAUAUUUCACGAAAUAAGAAGAUGGGAUUUUUAGAACGUGAAAUGCAACUAAAACUCAAUUUAUAUGAAUAUACUUAUUUAUACAAUGUUAUUUUACGAUUUGUGGUAGCCGUCAAAUUUUUAAAAGAAGAAACAAAAGAUGGUAAUCUGAAAUUUUCAUGUGAUAAAUAUAAAUCAUUAAUGAAAUCAUUUGAGACAUCUGUUAAAUACAAUAAUUUUUAUAAUUUAUUAAAUGUGAUGGAUAAAAGACAUUUGCAUAAAUUUGCUCAGCCACAAUUUAUAAAUGAGGUAAGAUAU